AUGAAUGAUGAAGUACAUAUGUUUACAUUUCUACAUAAUAUCAAAUGUCAAUAUGGUGGUCAAUGUGAUGAUAACGAUCCAAAACAUCUGAGUGAAUAUGAUCAUCCAGAUUAUUGUAUAGAUGAAGGCAAUUGUCAAAAUGUUCAUCAACAACAUUUAUUUGCUUAUCGACAUUUACCAUUAUGUUCGGAUGGAUUUAAUUGUUCGAAAUAUCUCAAGAGAGAUAAUGAUCAUUGUAAAGAAUUUCGUCAUUGUAAAUCUAUGUGUCCUUAUGAUAAUUGUUGUAUUCAAUUUCAUGAUAAACAACAUUUUGAAAAUACAAUACAUUCAUUUCGAUUACCAUGCCCAUUUACGCCAUAUAAUUGUUCAAUGUAUGUUGAAUUUAUACAAACUGGAAAUACAAAUAAAAUAUCUUCGGAAGUAGAAAAUCAUUGUUAUAAAUAUUCACAUGUUUGUCCAUUUGGUCAUCAAUGUAAAACAAAAGAUGAAAAACAUUUUGAAACAUCAAUUCAUAUUGCUCGUAGAAUAUGUUCUGAUAUUGAUAAAUGUUUAUAA